AUGGAUACCCCUCCAGCCGUCAAAAGGCCAUCUCCCUCCGCCGAAGAAAAUGGCCCGCCUUCGAAAAAGGCAAAGAAUCUCCCCGAAGUGCCCGCCCACUACAGCGAUGCCGUGCGAAAGAAGCUGGCGGCAACCUCCCGUACGGGACAAGCCUGCGACAGAUGUAAGGAAAGGAAGAUGAAAUGUGAUGCAGAUCCCAUAGCCUGCCAGCCAUGUCGGCAGAAGAAUCUCCGGUGCUACACGACAGAUCGCGUCACGGGUCAAGCACGAGAAAGAGGCGAAUCGAACCGGACGGACAAUGAGUUGCUUUACUUACGAGAGCAACUGGCCGAAUAUCAGCACAGAUACGGGCCGCUGCAGCGGCUGGACAGCCAGCGCGUCAUCUCUGCGACACCAACAACCUCAUUGCCUGCACCUGCUACCACUGUUCAGAGUCUCUACUCAAUCCCAGAUUCGCGGUACGUUGGCUGGCCUGCGCCUGGCCAUGCCGAACCACUAUACUCAGGACCUGUCAAGGGAACCAUUGUGGACGUCAUGGACGGUACCAUCGACAUUGCAGAUUGGCCGUGUGAAAUGAUGCAAGAUGGAAACAAGGAUGAGGCCGGUAUAUUCAACUUGUCCAAGACUUCCAUCAUCAACACCAUAGCGGGAUACCAGAAGAUCGAGGACCCUAGAUUACCCUCCAAAGAAGAUGGCUUGAAAGACGCCAAUCAUUUCCUCGUCAUCAUGUCUCAAUACAUACCAAUCGUGCAUCGACCCAGCUUUCUCGAACUUGUGAACAGGUUCUACGAUCAGCCUGCAUCGCUACGGUCAGCUGAAAGGGCUCAAGUGGUCAUGGUGUUCGCCAUCAUUGCUCACCAGACUGCUGUGAGAAAUCAUCAACAUUCAGCAGAGAAGUUCGAAGAUGCACAUCGUUACCUCCACUAUGCUCUGGGAUUCUAUCGUGAACUCUUUCACGAUCCUUCGAUAGCCUCGAUGCAAACCAUGGCAUUCAUGAUCAUCCACUUCAGAAAUCUACCCAAACCUGGCAUUUCCUGGACCUAUAGCCACAAAGUACUGGUACGGGCGAUCGAUCUAGAGUAUCACCGUGAUCCUGAUAAGAUCAAAUUGCCGCCUGGUGAAGAUGAUCCGCUUUCGAAGGAACUCCGCAAACGCAUUUUCCACUCCAUGCUGGGUGUCUGCGUAACUACGGGGUGUAGGGUAGGGUUGCCCGCACCAUGGCAAUUUCAACACAUUGACUUGCCAUUACCCAAGGCGAUCAAGGAGUCGGAAAUCUCCAAACAGGGUAUCGUUUCCGAGUUGUCUGGACUCUGCGAUUUUUGGCCCUGCCUACACCUUGCAAAGCUCUUACCAUUGUUGACGGAGCUACAUAACAACAUUCAUGCUGUCCGCAGACCAUCAUCAGAUUACAUGAAGACGGUGGAGGCACUGAACUCCAAAAUCAUUGCUUGGCGACAGGAUUGGGAUGAAUGCAUCAAAUUGGAGCCCAAACAUGUGAACCUGAUAGUUGCUACCCUACUAAUUGAAACGUGGGCCGCCGAAUAUCAGUUGAACCUUCAUCACCCAGCUUGCUGCUCUAGUGAGGAUCCCGAAGUUCAAGAGAGAAAUCUCGAAAUGUGUCAAAAGUCUGCCCGAAGACUUCUGCAGGCUUUUCAUACACUCUCGGGCAAAUACAAAGGUGUCGACUUCACUUGGCAUUCGACUUCAGCAUAUGCUACAGGCUUUGGGAUUACCCUCUACUACUAUAGACGACGAUUAGGACGAGUUAGUGUCGAGCAGUUUGAGACUAUGCGUAAUGAGCUGAAAGGAUGGAUAUCACUAAUGGCUUAUGCUGAUCUUGUGUUGAGAACUGGGAACCACUUGCAAAGGCUGUUUCAGCCUCGUGUGCAAGCCCUUGAGUAUGAGUAUAAGAGACUGAUGACGGACAAUUCGAUCAAAUCUCCUAGGGGACAAGGUCUUUUCACUCCCGUCAACGGAAACUUUCCAGUCCAGCUCAAACAGGAGACUCAAUCCCCGAUGGCAUCGUCAAAUUCUGAACCGCACCCAAAGAGCCUUCCUCAACCAAUCUUCAUGCAUUCACAGAACCCCAUGCAUAAUCAAUUGCCACCACAAUCGCCGCUGAACCAUGCAAGCCAGCCACCACUAAAUGGGACAUCAGGACCACAUCAGGGUUCUUCUACAUGGCCACCACCGCCGUUUUCACCAUUCCUACCUCAGCCAAAUGGUGUCAACCAAGCAUCAUCUCAACCGCACCACACCCCCUCUUCACCUCUCUACCCGCUCUCCUUCAACCACAUUCACUCGCCAGUCUCAGCAUCAUUGCCAGUCCACUCGCAAUCACACUCGAUACCAACAUCACUUGCCUCCUUGCUUAAUGAACCUGGAGCGGGUAUGUAUGUCAGUUAUCCAACACCACCUCUUACGCAAAGUGGAAUUGGUGGGGGUGAUCCAACGAUGACUUUCAGUCCCACCCAUUAUUUUGAUGGCCAUGGUUCGAUCGGCUGGCCGCUGAUCACCAUGCCUCCAGGGCAACAGUCUUGA